UGUGUGUGUGCGUAUGUGUGUUCUCCUGCGACGCAGCGAUGCACAUGUGUCAUCACAGGGAAUGGAGACCCUGCGAGUGCACGGAAGGUUAACAAAGAUCUGAGUGGAGGGUUCAAGUUGACUUUUACCUCGCAUUUUUAAAAGAACCAACAAAGCUAGCCUAUGUGAACCUAGCCAUUGAUACCAAGUUUGCAAAUUCGUUCAAGUGUACGCUCUACUUAUAGUUAUUUCUCCGACUGCUCCGUUUCGCUGAAGCUCGAUAGAGCGGGUGGACGGCGUGCGUGGAUGGUAAGAGCGGGGUGGGAUGGGGAAUCAAGUCUUGUGGUGGAUGUAGGGCUAUUGAAUUCUUCGCUGGAGCGUGGGCUACAUCCGGACAGACAGUCGCGCCUGUCUGUUUUCUCUGAACGUCGCAGCGAUGAGAGGUGAGGAGUGAGGAGAGCUUGUCAUAAUUUUCGUCGCGAUCAACAUAGUCUAGCAGUGACGGGACGUGAGCGAGGAAACCACAGCAUGUUUUCGUUGUUGCUAGAUAUUCUGAAUGACAACACUGAUUGAUAUUUUGGCUCAGCGGCUAGACAUUCUUAGAGGCAACACUGACAUUUCAGUCGAGUACAGGGGGAAAGACCUGCAGUAUUUGCCUGCCUCUUCAUGACGACAUAGGCAUUUUAGGCUGGCCAUCAUUUCGGGGAAAGAUACACAUAUGUGUGUUUACAGUUUUGUGGACUAUGGCAAACAAAGUAUGGCAGAAUGUUCAGGCGGUGACUACCAGGAAGAGACGCGCCCGUGAUAUGAGGACUGUCAAGGAAAACCUCGCCGUAGACUCGGAGAUUUUGCUGCACGGUCUCCACCUGCCAGCUGCUGCUCAUCUAUAGAGCGAUUAUUGGAUGACUGAGAUGAGUUGAAUGAUUAUCCUCUGCCUUAAACAGCAUAUACGGUAGAAAAAAAUGUUGUAAUCAGAUCAGAUUGAAAGUCUACGUGAUCUGGCCUGUUGAUAACUACAUUGACUUCACUCUUAUACAUCGCAGGUUUUUUAAAAUCUCGGAUUCCCUUACAAAAUGCACUACAAUUCAAAUUCUUCAUAAAUAUGAGACCGAUCAACAAUCAUCAUGCUCACUCAAUGUAAUACAACGUCAGCCUUGAAUCUUGAUCGGGUUUUAUGUUGGGCCAGUAACAAUGCCUCGAUAAACUCGACCCAGGACAACGAAACAACCACAGACGUCACCGAGGACACUAAUGAGGACAUGGUUGUGUGGGUGCCGUAUCUGGGCCUUGUCUUGUUUCUCGGAAGUGUUAUUGUUUUGUCUGUGUCUUUUUACUCACGCUACACGAGAGCACUGCAGAGACGCCAGUCCCACAAAGACUACAAAGAACGCAAUAUCGACUUAAAGAGGACCAGACUGCACUGCAUCAUGCAUAUGGCACCAAAGCCAAGCCAAGAAGAUUACUUUGCCUUGGAAAACGAGGAAGCCACUAACUCGAAACGGCAGAACAACGGUACCGGAUAUCCCUACUACUCGUACAACCCCAACAGUGCACUGCGUCUCAGUUCCUCGUUGCAUUCUGUCCGUGAUUUCGCCGCGUCUGACCCUGACCUCCCGUCCUAUGAGCAAUCGUCUCGCCGCGUGUCCAUACACGCACUACAUCCCAGUCAGCUGCCACAACAUCUCCUGAGGCGGGCUGAUUUCCCACAGAAGACCCGUCCGAGGUACCGCGAGCGGCAGGGCUUGUACUCUCAAUGCCACCAUUGCCAGUGCUGUUGCCACAGACACCCAGAUCGGUGGAACACUCAGCCAGCGCAAAUGGAUACUUCAGUGGAGAAAGAAGAUAAAGAAGUGCUCACCAACGCACUUAAUGCUAGAAGACGAUGUCUUAGCAGUAUGCAUAAAAAACGCAAUUUAUCUCUUGCAAAGUCAUUGAAGCGAGACAAAAAAGCUUUUCAUAACGAUAUUGAACCCAAACCACUAAAACAAAAGGGCGCAAAACUCACCAGAUCUGAAAAGAAAAAGCAGUCUUUAGAGAUAAAACAUUCGGACUUUCAGCCGGAGUCAUCCGAGGCCCGACCUUUCCCCAGCACGGGCGGCCAGGAUACGACGACAGGUGCUGGUGAGUACACACAUUCUGCCCAAUCCAGACAUCAGGACAGUAUCGCCUAUACUUCAGGGGAGAAAAGUGAAUCUACGGUAGAGGACAUCUAUAUAUCCCCUCAAACCAAAGAGUCAGACAGUCCACCCAGUACACUCUCAUCUCCUGGUUCGAGCCGUUCCCAGGAAGAUAUAUCAGCUUUACCUCCGGACAGAGGCAAGAAAAGGAUAUCGCUUCCCCGGCAGACCACCAGCAGAGAUAAGACUGCAUCCGUUCUGGAGUCCGGUUCGACACAUCUCACUGGCUUCACGAACUACGCUUUUGACCAAGGUCCUAGCGACGUGGAUGAGAUUAUUUGUCCUUCCGACAAUACAAAAUUGGUCAGCAGCGUUCACAAAAAUUGUUCAGAAUCUCGACCGGAAUCUCAAGAACAACAUUUUCAACGUACACGUACUUCAUUUCCAAUAUUUACACCGGUGCCUACAAUACACAGUAGUGAAGAGCUAAUUGCAGAAGACAUGGCAUCUACCAACAGUAAUUUGCUGCAUGAUCGAAAUGAAAACCAUGAAAGCAGUUCACACGGCGAUAGGAAAACUACAGGAGAGCUCACCUGCAACUGCUCAGAUUUUUCUGUUGGAAAAGAAGCUUCCAGAAGACAAGUUGAAGGAGGGGGUUGGGUGGAAGACAGUGCGCGAUCGAAAGACAAAUGCGCGACGAAAAGAGAUUCGCAAAUGUUUUCAAGUGCAAAAAAUACAAGUUAUUUUUCCAAACCAAUGGAUUCAAAUGCUGGAAAUACUGAGCAGAUUUAUUGUAUCGCCGACCAUGCCACUUUCACCAAAGGAGACGAGAGAACAAUGGAAGUAUGAUGUUUUGCUCACGCUAUUAGAAAGUAUUGAGGAAAAAAUCUCCAGGUGUUACAGAUAUACAGAUUCGGAAUUGUUAUGUGGUGCUUGUAUUAGUAGUGAGAAUGUAAAUAGAACUAUUUUAGAACUAUGAAUUAUUGGUUUUUCAACUAAAAUUUUACAAUAUUUUCAACUUCUUCAACUGUUUUGAUUAACACCGUAAAACCAGGCCGUGCUGUGAACCAGCGUGAAAACAGCCUACUCGAGUCCUGGUGCGCUCAUAUGACCUUAAUAUUAUGCAGUUGCGAGCGCCGUAAAACUCUAGCCAAAACAAACAAAUAAUAUUAGAGACAUUACGGUCAGCGCAACAUGCCCCCCCCCUUCCUCCCCGUCUGAUAUCAAGAACUCACAGCAUAUCUGUUACACCCCAGGCAGCAUCGUCUGAAAACUCUUUGAAAUCGAUAUCACAGACAGCUGUAAUCUUCGAUUUCUCGUCUUAUUUAACGAGAUAUUUGUUGACAUCACACCACGAUCUCAUUUCUUUUGUUUUCAUAGCCAGAGCAAAGGUCUAAUUUGUUUUCCUUCUAAUCAAUUGAGGCGCCUCAUCUAAUGAGGUCAUUGCUAUGCUACCCCUCGACAGGAGGAAACAUCCGGCACCCGCAUCAUUAGCUCUGGUUCAACAAGCGCUGUGAUGUGUCUACACGGAAUUUCCAGAAACCGUGUUCCUGGGACGUCUUCAUUAACUCAGAAAGAAUGUCUUCUUUGCCUUCAUUUUUUUCUGUCGCUGCUUGCAACAUUUCUCCGUCCUCCUAAAAUAUUACAACUCCAUGGCCCUGUUUCUCCGUCUUAUUGUUGACCAUGUGGUGCGGUAAGUCACCAUUGAGUGGUGAAUUGUGAGAUUUGGUGACUUACUCUUUUCGCAGAUUAUUCUGUUUGUUUCUUAAACUGCGCAUAAAAAGAAAGCUCAAGAGUCAGUCAGAUUUUCCCCCAUGUAGGGGCAAAGCUAUCUUUUUGACACAAUUCAACUGGGUUCGAUUGACUACCUUGAAAAAUUAACGAUUUUGACUGUGAAGGUCAACGUCGAAUGUAAUUGAAUUCGGUCGAAUUGUGUAAAAAUUAUAGAUUUUGCCCCAUCCCUGAAGAAAAGUGUGCCUAACCCGAAUCAAUCAAAAUUAAUGAAUUCAUCUGAUAGUGCACAUUCAGUAUUUGUUAUGGUUGCUAACCUGUGUGGUGACCGCUGGCCAAAGACAUCUUUUACGGUGUGUUCAUAUUGACACAAGUUUGAAUAAUAUGAUUCUACUUUCUAAUUUCAAGAUAAGCCCGCAGAUCGAAAAAGGCAGUAGACAGUAAAACUAAAUAGACAUAAUUGAACUUCAAUCGAUUUUUUUGACUGUUUUCUUUUUGGUUUUGAUGAGACGUUGAUGUCAAAGGGGUUUGUAAGUGAUGGUGGGGGGAGGAGGGGGUUACAUGACUGCGUUAAUUAAGUCUGGGCCUUCGGUCAGCUUUGACACAUCGGCCCGAUAAAGUAAGAUUUACCGACACUGACCGAGGUAAAGUAACAUUAACUGCCCCUGAUUACGGUAAGUAACAUAAACUGCCCUUGUACACAGUAGAGUAACAUUAACUUGACCCUGAUUUGAAAAAAAGGAACAUUAAGUGCUCCUGAUCAAUUACUACAUAGCAACUUCAAGUUCAAAUGUUUAUUCAUUGUAAGAUAUAGUACACAUCGUAAUUUCAAAUGUACAAUAGACAGCUUUUGAUUAUUAACCCUUAUAAAUAAUUUUUUUCUUUUUGCAAACCCGAUAUCGUUCCAAAAUUUAAAUGAUCACAAUGCAACUUUGAAUUAAAAUUUGAUGUUCUCAAAACUCAUGUAAGUCUGUAAACGCUUCUUUCGCAUGGACACCAUAUUAUUGAAGCUCUAAUAUUCAACAUUAGUCGAGAAGACAAAGGACGUCUUACGAAUAUCACGAGAUAUUUGAGGAUUUCGUAGAGCUUACAUUACACACUUUAGCGAUGGAGACAGCCUUCAGGAAUAUACAUGCCUGUUUCUCUUUAUGUUUCAAAAGCGGAGAUAUUACCAUGUAAAUGGUUAGGAUAACAGUACUAAACUUACGUUUACAUAAACUGCCGACCUGCCUCUAUGCUUGUCCUGAUUAAACUAUUUCUCCUCGUGCCAAUUGCACAAGAUCCAGGUUAGUUACUUGAUGGGAACCAUAAGCCGGAGAAAUAAAUGCAGACACCAGAUCUAUGUGGCACAGCCGAGAGCAGGAGACGCCGACCUCAAGCUCUCCCCGACUCGAGCCUUCCAAGUAGCUGGAUUAUAGGAUCAGGAGCACGCCACACCUUCUCAAUGUUUGCCAAUGAUCGCCUGUAACAUUUGAAAUUGUUAUGUGGCAUUGUGGCACUGUACUUUUGUUACAUUUGAAGCUUAUAUGUUUAUAUUUAAACAUUGUAUGUUCUAGUUUACAUAUGUGGCCUUUGAAGUUGCAAUGUGGCACUUCAAAUUACAGUGUGGCUUUUGAAAGUACAUGUACUAGGCGGGUAUAUCUUUAACAAAAUAUGCUAUAAAAAUGACACCAAGGUCCGUGCCGCCAGACACGCACACACACACUCACACACACACACACACACACACACACACACACACACACACACACACACACACACACACACACACAUGCAUGCGUGUAAUACAUAUAUACAUAUAAUUGUAUAUAUUAUAUAUAUAGAGAGAGAGUUGAAUGUAUCAAUUGUAUGUAUAAUGUCUUCCUACAGAAACUGGAUUUCUGACGUUUACACAGUGCGGAAGCUUGAUAUUUCCUGAUUGUAGAAGUGUGUCUCCUGAGACCUAUAGUGGGAAACAGAAGAAAAAGGAAAGAGAUACUCUGCAGAAGUUUUCUGCUCUGGUACCGAUAGUAAAGCUUUGUUUUCUCAGUGAUGAGUAUUCACAGAUUGUCAUGACGUUGUUUCUAAAACAAACUAAGAGGGCUUCUACUAGGUCGGCUUACGGUUAUUAAGAAAGGUAGAUAGCUGUGGAAUCACUACCUCAGAAUAACAAUGUUGUAUCUGACAUGUUUGGCCCUUUCGAGUUAUAAGACCAUACGAUCAGAAACCAAAAGUUCUGUCAGCUCUCAAUAUCGUACUAUUAUUCUGAGACGUUAUUAAGAUAUUCAAAGAAUUGAAUUCGAAAAAGCUUGAAAUGAUGUAAAAACUCAAAACCUUUGACGUCAAAUUUCUCAAGACUCGGCUCAUAGCAGAUAUAAUUUUGUAAUUCUCUGGUAGUGAAAUGCACAAGAAGUGGUCAGCGCACAAUCUGACAAGAUUUAGCCUCAGAUGCAACCCUUCGAGGGAGGAGGAAGUGAGGAAGGCUGAGUCCCCACCUGGGAACGAGAUGUGGAGCCAGGUCUUAGGAGUAUGGGGCACUGUUGACUGGUGGUGGAGAAGGUCGCCCAGAACAGGGUUAGGCGGAGAGUCCUUCUUGUUGACCUAUAGCCAAAUACCAGGGAGAACGAGACAUAUGAUGCCGACGAUGAUGAAGAUGAGAGAAAUAUUACAGUAAAUUGUUGACGUAUUACACCCAUUACCCCAUCACCUUCCAGUGCACUUAUGUAUUGAGCUUAUUUUGUAUUCUAGUAACAAAAAUAUGUUAAAUCUUCUGCCACUUAAAAAAAAAUAAAUAUUAUACAAACCUCCCACAUUUCGCACAUGUAUCAAUAUUGUCAUUAAAACAAAUGAAAAAUCAAA